UAUUCGAUCAUUUGACGAGUAAUGGCGUGCGUUUUUCUCUCGGAAGACACUUUCAAAUUUUAUUUCAUGUCGUCAGAUCCUAUGAAUAGUUACAUUAAGUGCUAGUGUUAUAUCAUUGUGUUGGAGAAACUUUAAUAGUUAUGCUGCUCAUACAAUCGUGAUAUCUGUUGUACGAGAGUACUGAGCUGGAUGUCUUUUUUAGUAUCAUUACUCAAGACAUAUGCGAUUUCCGGAAAGAGUAUCGCUGAUAAAACCCUAGGUUGGCAGAGGUAUAGAACGAUGGCAGUACCUAGUAGAGCAAGGGUAUAUGCCGAUGUCAACUCACAGAAACCAAGAGAAUACUGGGACUAUGAAAGCUAUGUAGUUGACUGGGGCAACCAGGAAGACUACCAGUUGGUUCGGAAGCUUGGGCGCGGCAAAUAUAGUGAAGUAUUUGAGGCAAUAAAUAUCACAAACAAUGAGAAGUGUGUAGUUAAAAUAUUGAAACCUGUCAAAAAGAAGAAGAUUAAAAGAGAAAUAAAAAUAUUAGAAAACUUAAGAGGAGGCACAAAUAUAAUUACUUUACAAGCAGUAGUCAAAGAUCCUGUUUCUCGUACUCCAGCGCUUAUAUUUGAACAUGUGAACAACACUGAUUUCAAACAGCUGUAUCAAACUUUAUCAGAUUAUGAUAUAAGGUAUUAUUUGUAUGAACUUCUGAAGGCAUUAGAUUAUUGCCACAGUAUGGGUAUCAUGCACAGAGAUGUGAAGCCACAUAAUGUGAUGAUUGAUCAUGAUAAUAGAAAGUUGCGUCUCAUUGAUUGGGGAUUAGCAGAGUUCUACCACCCUGGUCAAGAGUACAAUGUUCGUGUUGCAUCUAGAUACUUUAAGGGUCCUGAAUUGUUGGUGGAUUAUCAAAUGUAUGACUACUCAUUGGAUAUGUGGUCACUAGGAUGCAUGCUUGCAUCAAUGAUUUUCCGCAAGGAACCAUUCUUCCAUGGUCAUGACAAUUAUGACCAGCUUGUACGUAUUGCUAAAGUGCUUGGCACAGAAGAGUUGUUUGAAUAUUUGGAUAAAUAUCAUAUAGAAUUGGAUCCCCGAUUUAAUGAUAUUCUUGGAAGGCAUUCCCGUAAACGAUGGGAACGAUUUGUCCAUUCAGAAAAUCAGCACUUGGUGUCCCCAGAAGCUUUAGACUUUCUUGAUCGUCUUCUUCGCUAUGAUCAUUACGAGCGCUACACUGCUCGUGAGGCAAUGGAUCACCCUUAUUUCUAUCCCAUUGUUAAGGAACAGGGACGAAUGGUGUCUUCUAAUUCACCCACUCCAAAUGCAUUGCAAGGACCAAUAAAUGCAGCAGAGUAAAUAAACGAAGAGUCAGUAAACUCUAAAUAUUGCUAUGUAUUGAAUAUAUACUUGUACAAGAUUCCAAAUGAAGUCACUGACAAAGAAACACCAACAAAGAGGCCACUGAGGGUGUAAAUAUCUACACUAGGAACACAGUGAAGACAUCAUCUCUGUUAACCAACUUACUAUAAUUCCAAUGUUUGAUAAAUGGAAAUAUAAUUUGGAAAGACAAUAUAAUUUAGUGUUUAAUAUUAGUAAAUCUGGUUAUUCAUUGUUUUAAAAAGUGUUUAUCUCCGGUAUGAACUGGUUAAAGAAGUCCAUGAAAGUGAUCAUGUAUUCAGAAUGUUACUUUGGUAGUAUACUGUGGUGGGUGGGUGGUUUUUUGAAAUUGUUAAAGUGAAACAAAAUCACCUUUUUUUUUACAAGAGAAUCAAUAAUAUUUAUUAUUGAUAUAAAGAAAACAUUUCGAGUUUCAUUGCACUUGAUCUUUUGCAUUUAUUAACCUAUGGUAUUGAUAUUGUAAUUACUUGUAUAAUAUAAUAUUAAUAACAUCUGCAUACCAUUUGCAAGUACUGGUUAGCGGCUUUUCGUUGGUACUGUAUUUAAAAUUUUGUAUUUAUGUAAUAGAAGUUAAAUGUAGAUAAUGUGUGAUAUAAAUACAAAAUUUUAACUUGAUAAAUUAAUCGUUUUCUUUAAUUACUUAGGUAUUUUAUAAAGAAGACCAGUAACUUUUAAUUAUUAGACAAUGUCGCAUUAUUGUUUCUAUUAGUAUAUAUUUUAGUAAGUUACGUUAGCUGUUCUUUACAGAACUUUGACUUAAUUUUAUAUAGGUUUGCAUAUGAAAUUAAGUCGAAUGUCCCGAUUCGAACGUUGUCGAGUACUCGAUACGAACUUGAGCCUCAUCGAUUAUAAUUUAUUUUAGUGUGAUAACUUGAAGUUGUUGCAUCAAAAUUUUCUUAAUAAACAAUACUAACUUUUGCCUGGA